UGGAAAUAUGUGUUUCCUAUAGUUGGACCAUUCUAGUCAUGGCGUGCGGAAUAUCCAAGGAUAAAUAGCCAGCACACGGGUCUUUGGAAACGAAGUUGAAGCGGGGAAGAGAAAAAGAACUAGCUAGCUUGCUAGAGUGUGAGAACUCUAGCAUAUACUAGUACUACUACAUUCCUCCAUCUUCCUUUUUAUUUUUCACCAUAAAAAAACCAGAGCACAAAGAUGGUGAGAGCUCCUUGUUGUGAAAAGAUGGGUUUGAAGAAGGGUCCUUGGGCUACCGAGGAAGAUCAAAUUCUCACAUCUUACAUCCAAAAACAUGGCCAUGGCAAUUGGCGUGCCCUCCCAAAGCAAGCAGGCCUUCUAAGGUGUGGGAAAAGCUGCAGACUCCGCUGGAUUAACUAUUUGAGGCCUGAUAUCAAGAGAGGGAAUUUCACAAUUGAAGAAGAAGAAACUAUCAUUAAGCUGCAUGAGAUGUUGGGAAACAGGUGGUCAGCAAUUGCAGCCAAAUUGCCAGGAAGAACUGACAAUGAGAUAAAAAAUGUUUGGCACACCAAUUUGAAGAAGAGGCUGCUGAAAUCAGACCAGUCCAAGCCAAGUUCCAAAAGAGCCACUAAGCCAAAAAUUAAACGUUCUGAUUCCAAUUCCAGCAUCAUAACUCAAUCAGAACCUGCUCAUCUUAGAUUCAGAGAAAUGGACACAACAUCAACAGCAUGCAAUACUUCUAGUAGUGAUUUUUCAUCAGUCACGGUUGGUGACAGCAAAAAUAUUAUCAAGAGUGAAGACAUAGAGUCUAUGGAAACAAUGCCUGUGAUAGAUGAGAGCUUUUGGUCAGAAGCUGCAAUUGAUGAUGAAACCCCCACCAUGUCAUCACAAUCUUUGAUCACAAUCUCAAAUGACAUGCCACUUCAAUACCCUUUUGCUAACUAUGAGGAAACUUUCCAACAGAGUCAUGCUUAUGAUUCAAACUUUGAUGAUGGCAUGGAUUUCUGGUAUGACAUAUUCACCAGGACCAAUGAUUCAAUAGAAUUGUCAGAGUUCUGAAUUUUUCAUGUGACACGUUGAAUGAGGGUAUUAUUAAAUUUGGCAGAUAGAGUAGUUUAAAUGAAAUGGUAUAGCUUGAAUUUGACCGUUACAACUAAAGGGUACGAUAAUUUCUGGUGUGGGGACAGCAUUAUCACCAGCUGCAAGAUCUAGAGGCAUCCAUUGACAAAGAAACCAGCCAGAGUAAUGCGAAAAGGCUAAUGAUAUGUAAUGUACACAUGUAAUCUACUAGUGAAAUCACUGACUUUCUUUCUUUUAGUUGAAGACAGCGAUGCUCUAACAUUUUUGUAUUUUAGAAAAUUAUAGUUUAAUUAGGCUAGAGUUACUUGAUUGUAAUAUCAAUAAAUGAUGUAUUAAGUAUGUGAAUUAUUCAAAAAAUUUAUGCCCCUUGUUGAGCU